GCCCGCGGUGGGGGAGCAGCGACGCCGGCCUGUUGGGAUGGAGCAGCGAGGCACAAGCUUGGUGGUUGUGGUUCAGAGAGUAGCACCAUGCAUUGCAUGAUGACUGUUGGUGAUCUUUGCAAGACAAUGAGAUAUGGUCAUUCUCAAAAAGGGUCAAUCAGUUCUUCGUUUGUAUUGCUGCUCGGGGAGGCUCUCUACUCGUUUGCUGCACGUCAGUGUCGUUGCCGAGCAAGGUUCAGAUCCAUGCUUGCGCGGUUUAUCCAGGAAAGCCAUACCUUUCGGCGGUUGUUUCGCUUGAAGAUCCUGGGUGCUUUGCCUUCUCUAAUCGUCUUGUCUCCUGCUGCUUCACUUCCCCAGGUCCUACUCUUGUUGCCUUCAAUUGCUUUGUCGUCUACCACUUUGUUAGCUCACCAAUUCCAUGUUGGCUGUUAAGGUUUGUUUCUGCACCUCAGUUUUUAGUUUUGUUUCCUUUUGUUUCUGUGUAUUACCUAAUGCUUUAUUCUGGUACUAACCAAUUAUCAUGUGUGUUCUUUCUU